GGAAAUUCCCGUAUUACAACUAAAACUUCGCUUCCGUAUUCAGUUUUAGUAACAGUUUAAGGCAGGUUGCAGUAAGCGAACGGGAGAUUUAAAAACUGUAGAAGACAGUCAGCUUUCCAGCUGUAUGAUGUGUAAAUGCAUUUAAAGAAGCACCAAUGGAAGGGAGAGGACCCUAUCGGAUUUACGACCCUGGUGGGAGUAACCCGCGGAUGAACGAUGGGGCAAACAACUUGACUUGCCAGGAACUGCUGAGAGAGAACUCGGUCCUGAGGGAGAGGAUGAAGGGACUCAAGAGCCUAGGCGACCUGUUGGAAGAGUCCCAGACUGAGGCGUCUAAACUGCGCCAGAGAGUAGAAGCUCUAGUGCGGGACAAUGAGGUCUUGAGGUCGUCCAACUUCACAUCUUCAUCUCUGAGCACUCAGCUUCCAUUGCAGGCUGGAAUUCAAGAUGAAGAAAAAAGUCAUGGACUUUCUGAAAAACCCCUCACUGGAGGGAAAGAAGCUCCACAGCAUCCACCUGGCACGGUACCGAGACCCCUUUCUAGUGGAGGCUCCUCUGAGUUUGAAGUUGUAAACCUAGAUAAAAGGAGUGGUUCAGAUGAAAGAGAGAAUGAAAGUUCGAAGCCUCCGGUCCCUCAGGAGGAUGCAGACCUGGCCACUCAACUGCAGAGGCUAGAGAGCUCCCUGAGCGUCUUUGCAGAGGAGUCCAAUAAGAACCAGCUGUUCUCUCACCUGGGGCGCAUGGCGCUCGAGUUCAACAGACUGUCCGCCAAGGUGCAGAAGAACGAGCAGAAAACAGCCAUUCUGCAGACGCUGUGUGAGCAGCUGCGUGUAGAAAAUGAAGAUCUCUGCAAGAAGAUGGAUGCUGAUGUGCCGUACAGGAACCAGGACCUGGACCAGCUCAGACGGGAGAACCAGGAGCUCAAAAAGCUAGUGACCGGCGGGGGAGAAAAGAAAGAAGGACCUCGAUGUGGAACCAACCUUGAGCUUCUGGGGAAACAAGAACUACUGGGGGUGAGGAUGGAAGCAGUCGUCGCUCAGCAGAGCGACAGAGCCGUACAGAAAGCUCAGCCCAAGAGCCGAGAUGUUGAGGUGCAUGAGAAGAAGAUUAGAGCACUGGAGCAGCAGCGAGGAGAGCUGGUGGAGGUGAACAAGCAAUGGGAUCAGCACUUCAGAUCGAUGAAGCAACAAUAUGAACAGAAGAUCACUGAACUCAGGAAAAGACUUGCAGAUUCCCAGAAGGCAGUGGCUGAGCUGGAAGCUGAGAGGGAGCAGAGGCAGCGAGAUUAUGAUCGCAAGCUUUUAUUGGCCAAAUCCAAGAUUGAGAAUGAAGGGGCAGAUAAAGAAAGGUUGAAGACAGAGGUGACAGAACUGAAACAAAAGACUAAAUUCAUGCAAGACCAGCUGGUUCCACUAUCCAAACAGAGGGAGUACCAGGAGAAAGAGAUUCAUCGUCUGAACAGGGCCCUGGAAGAGGCUCUGAAGCUGCAUUCAGCCACAGCCCCCCAGGCCUCCCUGUUUGAUAACCAUGGCGAUGACGGAAUGAACCUGAGACGGCAGGAGCUGCUCACCCAGAUUGCAGUGCUGAAAGAACAGGUGAAAAUCUUUGAAGAGGACUUCCAGAAAGAGAGGAGUGACAGAGAGCGUAUGAAUGAGGAGAAGGAGGAGUUGCGUCAGGAACUGGAGAGGCUGCAGGGCCAAGUGACGAUGCUGAACAGCCAGCUGCGCCAGGCUCAGAGCGACUGUCAGAGAGAGCGAGCAGAGAGGGGCAAGCUGGAAAGACUGCACAGGCACCUCAAACAGGGUCAACAUGAGAGACAUGCUUCAGACCACACGCCUGGGGCGGUUAACCUUCCUGCUGGCCCCCCGUACCAAAAUCCCUUUGUCCAGCCCAUACACCAUCCCGUGCACCAGGGCUACGAGAAUUGGGCUAUUCACUAUCCACCCAGGACAGUACCUUCUGAGCCCGCUGGAGACCUCCAGCAGUUCCAACCAAUGGAGUUUGCCUGGCCGGCACCGUUCCCUCAGCCAUGCAGUCCCAGAGCCCCCGGAGACAAAGCUUGGCCUCUCCCGGAGAACACAGGUCCUAAAUCACCUGGCUUGGGUAGGAGUGAACGACAGAAUAAUGCCCCUGGAAAGUACUAAGUGCCUCUUCAUCUCUGUAAAUGGAAACGUGUGCUGUAGUUAUGGGCAAUAUUAACUAUAGUUAAAGACAUAAUAGUAAUAUUGGUUUUGAUUUAAGAAUAUAUUCCUGUAUUUUGAUAAAUAAUCUGUGCUUAUAUUUUGUAAACUGCAUUGUGCAAGGUUUUUUUUGUUUUAAACUUAUGAUUGUAAUGUAUAGAGUUAAGAAAAUUUAUGUUGUGUUUUUUUUGGAAUAUAAAAGAAUGACCAACUUUUUGUAUUUAAAGGUUUUAAUGCAAUAUUGUAAACACAGAUUUGAAUAGUAACAUGUUAUGCAUUGCCCCAUUUAAUCUCUGUCAAAUCUUUUCUUGUCUUUAGCGAUAAGGUGAAGAACUUUAGUAACGACUUGAUUAAGGUCCCAUUUCUAUUUACUUUUAGCUGGGAAAAGGGUCUUGUACAAAUCAUAGGCUAAAGAGAGAGCAUGAGCAUCAAUGAUAAUUUUGAUUUGUCGUUGAUUGUGUGUUAAACAAAUUGAAAUUAAAACUGUUCAACAUUUUGCACUGCUAUAACAUGUUGUUAUAUUUUCCUGAAAUGCUUUUUCCCCAGCUAAAGAUAAUUGAACCUGGCCCGACAAAGUUUUGAAAUUUGGUAUCUAAAAUAUAUUUUGAAAUAAUAAACUAAUGACUUACUGUA